GACGGCGCCGCUUCAUUCGCGGGGACGAUCGGUCCGGGUGAUUGACGUUCCUUCAAAUCUUCCAAGUUCCAGUUUGGAGCCAACCUAACACUGCCACCUCGCGCCUGAGCUAAUAUUGCAAGGAAGAAUACUGGAAGCCUGAUGAUCAAAAGAUGCGGUGCGUCGGUACGCAUCUAUAACCUCCCUGCACUUCUAUCUUCGCUUCUGUAAACUUUGCUUCUUCUGUAUCUUUCAUCAUGUCAAUGAUAUCCCGGGCGAGACUGACUGAUUUGCACUAUAGAGGAGAACGUCCAGCGCAAAUUUAUGCUGGAACGGAGUCGACUACGGAGACCCAGAACCAACAACUAGGCUGCCCGAGCUAGCAUCAACCACCCACGUCAGCGAGAUCGCCCGGCCAUGUGAGGUCCGGGGAACGAGGAGACUCGAGAAGGAAAAGGCACUAAGACCUGAGACGGGGCGAGCUGGCGGGGUGACAUCAACGCCCGACUGGCGAGUUGAACUUGGCCCUAGUGCCUCAACCGGCAUAGUAUCCUGCACGGUUCCAAUGCCAUCAGCAAGCAUCAGCAAGUCAGAUUGCCUCUGAUUGAACAUUUGUCUCUCGUCAAUGUCAGAGCCGACAGGGCACUGCAACCUCUACUGGCCAGAAACAGUUGACAAUGCGUCCCUAGAAGCUCUCACAUCUGCUGUGUUCCCAUCAUUAUGGUGCUUGGCAUUGUCGAUUCGCUGGUCGGAAUUUUGCAGCGUCAGAUUCUCAGCGAUGUUCACCUAAAGCACCUGCCAUUCUGUAACGUACGACUCGACAACAUGAUGAAGACGGUAAGAUGGGCACCCGAAUCCUUUGGCUGCGCCACCACCGCGGGGUUUCUGGAAUGCUUGCCAUCUGAACCCAAGCUUUUGCCCCUUGCGCCGUUGCUCUGCUCUACUCGCUGAGCCGCACCGGAAGAGCAAGCGAGCACACGAGCACCUUCCACUCCCAGCCUUACCGCGAAGUGAGGUAAUCAAUGCCAGCAUUGGACGGAUACUCGGGCAAUCGGAAGAAAAGAGAGGCAGCCGAAAGCCGUUUUCGUCGAUUGACUAUAUACAACUUCCACCGUUGCUACCGAGGAGGAAACAAACGAAAGCUUAUUUUACCGAGCGUUCCCACAUUAGAUGGUCGGACCACGCUGUAUCAACCUUUCGGGAAGAUUGAUGGGACACGCGCGAUGCCACCGCUUUCACCUGCCCCUCUAUUGCGAGCCAUCAUCAGCCAGCGGGCCACAGAUCAGCUCACCGCGUCUUGCGGAUCGACUGCGAAUUGCAUAGAGGUUUUCUGCGGAUGGCCAGUAUCAGGGCAAUAUGGAUUUGGCCAGCGAAUCCUAUAUUACAUUCUUUUGGCAGUAUGUGUGCUAGCUCGUGGAGAGAAAUGGAUCAGAGAUGUCUGCAUAGCAGCGGCAUUGAUCUUACCGGCUGUGGCUGCGGUGCAUGGAAUCGUCCUCGCUUCACUCCACGUGAAUGACGCUGCCGAUAUGGAUAUCUACGGGGCGCUUCAAUUCUGUUCCAUUGGCAUUCUUGCAGUUCCGUUGACGGUCAAGAAGUCCGAGACGUACUUCCACGAGAAGGGACGCAAUACCGUCUUUGUGUGGACGAGUCUAUUACUCGCAGGUCUUGUGAGCUUGGCUGUCGAGUUCUACCGAUCCAAUUCUAUCCCCUGUUACCAAGACAACAACGGCAACCCGAUAUCGUCGGACCCGAGAAAAUUCCCGUACGGAGACAGUCCAUUAUGCGGCAUCACUUGUUCCCAGACGGACGGUCCUUUCUCACGCCUGAGGCAAAAGGCUGCAAGUGAGAUAUUCGUGGUGCCGAGGCCGAACGAGCUUCGCUUUGGAAAUGCCAUGUUUCUCGCGGUGGCAUGCUGCGUUCCGGCCAUCAUCUCGCUCAUCUCUAUGAGAAACAAGAUCGUCAUCACCGAUUGGAUCAAGAAGCAGAACGGGCCGCAGAAGGAGAAGGGAAACGAUUCCGAGGAUUCUAAGGAUCUACACAGAACCUUUAGCGGGUUCCUGAAUCUGAUCGAGAUCUUUGUUUUCGGCGGCGCUGCGUUGGCCAUCCUCAUCCUCGGAGAGAUCAAUCUCUGGAGUCCCCAGAUGGACUAUCAUACUGAGCCAUUUGGAAGCGUUGGCCAGUGGGGCACUAUUGUUGCAACAGGGCUAGCAAUCGUAGGAUCAUUCCUCAUUUACCUACUAGACGGUAUAAAUGAGGCCCCGAAAGACCCGCUUAGCAUCUGUGGUUGCGAGCACUGUCGAUUGAUCUAUGAUCGGGCUCGAGAGGUAGACUCGGAGUCUUUCCGAGAAAGUGAAGAUGGGCAUGCAGACCACAUUGAGCAUGGCUUGCCGCCACUCACGAGCACAUCUACGCGCGGAACUCAGGCAACCAAGCAAGGUCCGGGACAUAGACGAAAGGUCUCUGCCGGCCUGGUCAAAGUUGGCAAAUGGUUCGGCAGCACCACCGAAGAUCCGUUUGGGGCUCCCGACUACAGGGAAAGGCAGUGGCCAGAAGUUCCCGGAGAGCGAUUCAGAAGUUCCGCCUUGAAAGACACGGCUGAACAGUACAGCACAUACCGAGAACAUGAACCGCAGGAGCCAGUAUCCCCGGGACACCACUCAGGAAGCGAAGGUGGGCCCGCGACGCCACGGCCAGUAUCACCCAUAUCACAGGAAUCGCCAUUGUCCCCGCCGCCUCCGACCAGAGCUAGGCCAAGGAAUAAUUCGGAGCCUGUUUAUUCACGAUCGCCGUCGCGGCGGCGACCAGGCUCGCCUUCUUCUCCGGCUGGAUCGCCCGAAGGUCCGCGAACUCGACGCCGGCAGACUCUCGAGGUCCCCGGUCAACGUCGUUUGUGAAUCUCCAAGACCAUUUGAGGCGACUGAAAUGGCAGCUGGGUACCGUUUGACUUCCGAACGGAGAACUACUGGGAUGGUGAAUUUGAGUUUGAAAAUGUUUGGCCAUAUCCGUCUUGGGACUUCUUGUUUUCCUUGGACCGCAUCUUUAGAGGCGUUCGGUGUCAGUGCUGCUCGAUAUCCGACCACAAAUACAGAAAUGUCACUUGUAAGAAUAGAAAUAGCAGG